UUUUAGAGAAAACGAGCCUUCUCAGCUACCUAGCACACUCCCCACUACUGUAACUCGACAAAAGAGCGCUGAAGAAAAUGAAUGUUGCUACAUCAGCAAACCCUAACCCUAUCUCUUCUCAAUUUUUAAAGCAAGCUCCUUCAAUGGCGCUCUGUUAUUCUCCUGCUUCUCUAGGGUUUACUUCUAUUCAGACACCUAAAGGAAAGGCUUUUGUUGUGGUUCGCUCUGUUUCUCCGGCUGGCUUUGGUUUCGGCUCCGGCUCAACUCCGUUGGCUCGACGGAAUUUAAGGAAUAGAUCGAUUCUCUCAUUCGCUGCUUCACAUGAGGAAUCGAAGCCUUCAGAUGUUGAAUUGGAGAAGGACGAAAAAGAUCUUAAGACAGAGGCUGAGGAGUCAGAAGAGGUAUGGAAGCAGACCCUAGCUUCCUUCAAAGAACAAGCGAUGCAGGUAAAGGCUGUGUCACAAGAAGCAUAUGAGGUGUAUUCCAAGAAAGCUAUGAUCAUUUUGAAAGAAACUUCUGAGAAGUUACAAAUCCAAGCGGAGAAGGCAAGAGAAGAUUUGACUGUAGUUGCAAAGGAAAUUAGUGAGGAGAGUAAAGAAUACUUAGCAACUGCUGCCGAGAAUUCCCCUGAACCUGUAAAGGAUAUUGUAGAAACAUUUGCUUCCUCUGCGGAUGAACUAAGUGACAUUUCAAAAGUACGAGACUUUUAUGUGGGAAUACCUUAUGGAACUCUUCUUUCUGUUGGUGGCUUUUUGUACUUCAUGCUAAGCGGAAGCAUUGCUGCCCUUAGAUUUGGUGUUAUACUUGGUGGUACUCUUGUGGCCUUGAGCGUCUCAAGUUUAAGAUCGUGGAAAAGUGGAGAGGCGACUUCUCUAGCAUUAAAGGGACAGGCAGCCAUUGCUACCAUCUUAUUUGUCAGAGAAUUUCGCGUGUUGUUGCAGAGACCAUUUCUUUUCAAUUUUAUUACAGCCUUCAUCAGUGGAGGAGUGGCAGCAUUCUAUGCUUAUAGAAUCUUAAGGGAUGGUGAACAGACGAAGGGUUCAAACUCAGCAGCACAGACAGAAAACUAAGCUUAAUUCAGGGCAUGAAACAUAUGGCACACGUGGAGCGGGGAAUUUCAAAUUUUCGUCAAUUUCAACGUGGUAGAUUAUCGUCCAAUAUAUGAGCUUCUUUGUGCUGCAUCCCUUGUGCUCUGAUGAACCUGCUGAAGCCUAACAACUAGUCAUUCUGAAAGAAAUAAAUCUGCUCAUGCCAGUUGGGUAAUCUGCUGGACAAGGAUAUGUUUUUUCCGUUUGAGCCUCUGAAGUUGCAACGGCAGUGUUUGUGCAUUAUUUUCCCGUAGUUUAUUAUUAAUAGUAGUGAGUUCAGAUCUUGAAGGCUAGAAAUGAGCAGGGGGUAUAUGCAAUCCCUUGAACGUCUUAAGAUGAUUUUUAGGUUCUACUUGUGGAAGAUAUUUCUAUGCUGGGGGAAUGGUUCUCCGAUGAGGAUGGUUGAUGAUGAUGUAUCAAGGAUACAUGUUUCUUGCUCAAAUGUAAUGGAAAAUAUGCACGAAGAAACAGGUUGGUGUUCAAAAUUUCAUGUUCUAAAGUCCAAACUGGUUUUCAAGCUUUA